UGUAGCCGUGUGCGUCGCUACUUGCAACUGCAACUCGAUCAGCAGCACAACAGUAGACUCAGAGCUCUAGCUCACUCGCAAGCUAGCAAGCACUCUCACCAAGCGGAAGCAGCAAGCGCACAGAGGCAAGGCAAGCAAGCCAAGCAGAGCAGCGGUCGCGCGCCGGCGAGGGGAUGGCGUUCAUGCGGUACCGCGCGCUGCCGCAGGGGGAGCUGACGGUGGAGGAGUUCAGGGCGUGGCUGGCGCAGUUCGACGCGGACCGCGACGGGCGGAUCAGCAGGGAGGAGCUGCAGCACGCGCUGCGGAGCCUCAACGUGUGGUUCGCGUGGUGGAAGGCGCGGGACGGCGUGCGCGCCGCCGACGCCAACCGCGACGGCGGCGUGCAGGGGGACGACGAGGUGGCCCGCCUCUUCGCCUUCGCGCAGAGGCAACUCCACGUCAAGAUCACCCAGCAGCUCGGCUACUACUGAUCUGAUCUGAUCUGAUCUGAUCUGAUCUGAUUGAUCCAUGCAUCGGCCAAUAAGCAUCGUACCAUCGAUCGAUGUGAGUCGAGAUGUAUUUAUUUAUUGUCAGGAUGGAUUGGAUGUGUUGUUAAUUAUGCCUUUUUUUUUCAUCCUGUGGUGGAUGUGUGUUGUUGUUUAAACGAUGUACGGGUGCUUUACUUGGCUUUUUAAAUGUCUUGUGUAAUUUGUGGAUGGUUUGAAAAGAGUCUGCGUACUCGUAUUUCCAAUUCAGCUCCACGAACUUAAUUUGUUGAGAAAUGGUCAAUAAAUGCAUGUGGCAUGCUGCGGCCUUCGUUUA